GCCAACAUGCUGACAUUCGUGACUGUCCUUGCUGUUGCCUUCGUGACAGUCAACGGCGCCAUUCGAGUGGAUGACAAGCGUGGAUUCCGCUACUGCCGAACCCCUCAGCUUGCACAGAUUGAGAGCGUGCAAGUCACAGGUUGCAAUAGAUGGCCUUGUUUCAUUAUCCCAGGCAGGACCGGCACUUUCCAGAUCACCUUCUCUCAUAACUCAGAAAUCCCCGUCAGCAACAUGGUGAGCAGCAUCUACGCCCGCGUGAGUCUGCCCGUGACCAACCUGGGCGCCGGCAACACCCGCGUGGCCAUGCCCCAAGAGACCAAGCAGCCCGUGUGCCACCUGACCACGCCGGGAUGCCCAGUCUACCCCAACACCAAGACGACCAUUAGCAAGACUAUCGUUGUGCCCCAACAAGCUCGUUUGGUGCGAGGUCCCAUGAUGGUGGAAUUCCAAGUGAAGGAUAACUUGGGCAGGAUGGUCACCUGCUUCAUGGCUCCCGUCUUCACGAACUAAGACUUCUCCGGCGGCGCACUCUUCUCUCACGCAACUCACGCACUUUUUACCUCAGUACUCAUCUCCCUGGUCCAAUAACCGUGAUUCUCAGUGUCCUCCAUGUUGCUGUUAUUAUUGAUAUAUGUUUAUUAUUAUUAUUAUUAUUAUUAUUAUUAUUAUUAUUAUCAUCAUCAUUUAGUUCUGUUGUGUGGUUAUUGUCAUGUGAAUAUAGUAUUAUUUUUUUUCUUUAUUCCUGUACUUAUUCAUUUUUUUGAAAUUGUAGAACCUAUGAGUCAAUAUUAUUGAAUAUAUAUAUAUAUAUAUAUAUUGUCAUGUUUGAUAUUAUGUAUUGCGAAAUCUCACUUGUCGUAAACUCGUAUUAAUAUAAUGAAUUAUCACGUUAUUUAUUUUGUUCCAGUGCUAUUUUUUUCCAAUCUCUCAUGAACGCUGUCAUUUAGUUAUUGUAACUCUUAGUUUCAUUUCAAACAAUUUUCUCCUAGUUUUAAGUUUGUUGUAUUUUCCUUUUGUUUAUUGCUGGAACAGCCGUCAUUUAUUCUAUGUGUUUAAAGUGUUCGGAAUGUACACUUGUUGACAAAACUUGCAAUUUCUUUGUAAUCAUUUUGAGCUUUACAUUUUUAUCAGGAAAAUUAUGCUCAGUGUUCCUAUUUGUUCUUUGUCUUCGUUUAUUUCUGUUACACUACGAGUUAUUUUAAUGCCUCACUAAUACUUAAAUACCUCUCCAUGUAUUAUCCUCAAACGUAGACACUUAUCAGUUGCGUUUGGAAACUUUUUAUAUAAAUGUACAUGCACCCCUUUCAAAUAGUUGAAACAAACGA